GCGGCCGACAUGGAGCCGGGUGGUGGCCCCGGGCCGGGCCCUAUCCCGGUCCCGGGGAACAACAAGGGCCGCGGUGGGGCGGCCGCGCCCGGGAGGGGCCGCGACUUGGCCCGGCCGCCGCGCAAGGACUCCGAGGGCUAUUCAGAGUCACCAGACCUGGAGUUUGAAUAUGCAGACACGGAUAAAUGGACAGCAGAGCUCUCAGAACUGUACAGCUACACAGAGGGGCCAGAGUUCCUGCUCAACAGAAAAUGCUUCGAGGAGGACUUCAGGAUCCACAUGCGGGACAAGAAGUGGCCGGAGCUGGAGCGGACGCAGCACCGCACGCACGCCAUGCGCCUGCUGGACGGGCUGGAGGUGACGGCGCGCGAGCGGCGCCUGCGCGUGGCACGCGCCAUCCUCUACGUGGCACAAGGCACCUUUGGUGAGUGCAGCUCCGAGGCCGAGGUUCAGGCCUGGAUGAGGUACAACAUCUUCCUCCUGCUGGAAGUGGGAACCUUCAACGCCUUGGUGGAGCUGCUCAACAUGGAGAUUGACAACAGCGCAGCCUGCUCCAGUGCCGUGAGGAAACCGGCCAUUUCCCUGGCUGACAGCACCGACCUCAGGGUGCUGCUGAACAUCAUGUACCUGAUUGUGGAGACCGUGCGCCAGGAGGCCGAGGGGGACAAGCCUGAGUGGAAGAGCAUGAGGCAAACCUUCCGAGCAGAGCUGGGAGCCCCCCUGUACAACAAUGAGCCCUUCUCUGUCAUGCUCUUUGGGAUGGUGACCAAAUUCUGCAGUGGCCAUGCUCCACACUUCCCCAUGAAGAAGGUGCUGCUUCUGCUCUGGAAAACUGUGCUGUGCACCCUGGGAGGGUUUGAGGAGCUGCAGAGCAUGAAGGCAGAGAAGAGGGAGAUGCUGGGGCUGCCCCCCCUGCCCGAGGACAGCAUCCAGGUGAUCCGCAACAUGCGCGCGGCCUCCCCGCCCGCCUCCGCCUCCGACCUCAUCGAGCAGCAGCAGAAACGCGGCCGCAGGGAGCACAAGGCCCUCAUUAAGCAGGAUAACCUCGAUGCCUUCAACGAGAGGGAUCCGUACAAAGCUGAUGAUUCCCGUGAGGAAGAAGAGGAAAAUGAUGAUGACAACAGCCUGGAGGGAGAGACCUUCCCCCUGGAAAGGGAUGAAGUGAUGCCCCCCCCUACCCAGCACCCCCCAAGUGACCGCAUCACCUGCCCCAAAGGGCUGCCCUGGGCCCCCAAGGUCCGGGAGAAGGACAUUGAGAUGUUUCUGGAAUCCAGCCGCAGCAAAUUCAUCGGCUACACGCUGGGCAGUGACACCAACACCGUGGUGGGUUUGCCCAGGCCCAUCCAUGAGAGCAUCCGCACCCUGAAGCUGCACAAGUACACAUCCAUUGCUGAGGUGCAGGUGCACAUGGAAGAGGAGUACCUGCGCUCGCCGCUCUCAGGAGGGGAAGAGGAAGUGGAGCAAGUCCCUGCAGAGAUCCUGUACCAAGGCCUGCUGCCCAGCCUGCCCCAGUACAUGAUUGCUCUGCUGAAGAUCCUCCUGGCUGCAGCCCCCACCUCCAAAGCCAAGACAGACUCCAUCAACAUCCUGGCAGAUGUCCUGCCCGAGGAGAUGCCGACCACUGUGCUGCAGAGCAUGAAGCUGGGUGUGGAUGUCAAUAGGCACAAGGAGAUCAUUGUCAAAGCCAUCUCUGCUGUGCUGCUGCUCCUGCUCAAACACUUCAAGCUCAACCACAUCUACCAGUUUGAGUACAUGGCCCAGCACCUGGUCUUUGCCAACUGCAUCCCACUCAUCCUCAAGUUCUUCAACCAGAACAUCAUGUCCUACAUCACUGCCAAGAACAGCAUCUCCGUGCUGGACUACCCCUCCUGUGUGGUGCAUGAGCUGCCAGAGCUGACAGCUGAGAGCCUGGAAGCUGGGGACAACAACCAGUUCUGCUGGCGGAACCUCUUCUCCUGCAUAAACCUCCUGCGCAUCCUGAACAAGCUGACCAAGUGGAAGCACUCCCGCACCAUGAUGCUGGUGGUGUUCAAGUCGGCGCCGAUCCUGAAGCGGGCUCUGAAGGUGAAGCAGGCCAUGAUGCAGCUCUACGUGCUGAAGCUGCUCAAGGUGCAGACCAAGUACCUGGGCAGGCAGUGGAGGAAGAGCAACAUGAAAACCAUGUCAGCCAUCUACCAGAAAGUGAGGCACCGCCUCAACGACGACUGGGCCUACGGCAACGACCUGGAUGCCCGUCCCUGGGAUUUCCAGGCAGAGGAGUGUGCCCUGCGUGCCAGCAUCGAGCGCUUCAACUCGCGGCGCUACGACCGCGCCCACGGCAACCCCGACUUCGUGCCCGUGGACAACUGCCUGCAGAGCGUGCUGGGCCAGAGGGUGGAGCUGCCCGAGGACUUCCAGCUCAACUACGACCUCUGGCUGGAGAGGGAGGUGUUCUCGCGGCCCAUCUCGUGGGAGGAGCUGCUGCAGUGAUGGACACAGGGAGGAGGCAGCUUGGAGUGCUGGAGGCUCACGGGGCAGGGCAGCGAGGUUUGGGGCGGGGGUCUGUGCUGUUGUGGUGGGCUUGGGAAGAGGAUGGAGCUGAGACCACAUGCUGCCCCUCUGUGAGCUUCCUUCCAGGCUUAUCCCAAAGCUGAGGGUGCCCUUU